UCCGCCGCCGCCUCCGCCGGCCGCCCGGACUGCCGGGCUGCUGCGGUCGUCGCGGCCCGGCUCUACGCAGCCCGGCUCCUUGGCCCCGCGCAGCGGCCCGCUCUCCAGCACCUCCCGAAAUGGGACGCCGGUCAUCAGACACUGAAGAAGAAAGCAGAAGCAAGAGGAAAAAGAAACACCGAAGACGGUCAUCAUCAAGCAGUUCUUCAGACAGUAGGACUUACAGCCGCAAGAAAGGUGGAAGGAAAUCGCGGUCCAAGUCCAGGUCUUGGUCCAGAGAUCGUCAGCCUCGUUCACAUUCUUAUGAUAGAAGACGCAGACACAGGUCGAGCAGCAGCUCUUCCUACAGCUCCAGGAGGAAACGAAGCCGAAGUCGUUCAAGGGGCCGAGGGAAAUCCUACAGAGUCCAAAGGUCUAGGUCAAAAAGCAGAGCAAGAAGGUCCAGGUCAAGACCUCGCCCACGUUCCCAUAGUCGAAGCAGUGAAAGGUCCAGUCACAGAAGAACUCGUAGUCGGUCUCGAGAUAGAGAACGACGUAAAGGCCGAGAGAAGGAGAAAAGGGAGAAGGAGAAGGGCAGGGAGUUACACAACCUUAAACGUGGGGAAUCUGGAAACAUCAAAGCUGGAUUAGAACAUCUGCCACCAGCUGAGCAGGCCAAAGCCAGGCUACAGUUGGUCCUUGAAGCUGCUGCAAAAGCUGAUGAAGCAUUAAAAGCCAAAGAAAGAAAUGAGGAAGAAGCAAAGAGAAGAAAGGAAGAAGACCAAAUUACCCUGGUGGAACAAGUAAAAAGAGUAAAAGAAAUUGAAGCAAUUGAAAGUGAUUCUUUUGUUCAGCAGACAUUCAGAUCAAGUAAAGAAACCAAAAAGUCAGUGGAGCCUAGUGAAAUGAAACAUGCAACUCCACCAUCAGGACCAGCAUCAGGAGCCACUGAGCCACCCAGUGUUGAAAAAGAAAUAGACCCCAACAGCAUCCCCACGGCGAUCAAGUACCAAGAUGACAAUUCUCUGGCUCAUCCAAAUCUAUUUAUUGAAAAAGCUGAAGCUGAAGAAAAGUGGUUCAAGAGAUUAAUUGCUCUCCGACAAGAAAGGCUGAUGGGCAGUCCUGUGGCCUGAGUGAUAUGCUUAUAGUUGAAUUGACAGGAGCCUUGAAAGUUUGGGUUUCUAAACACCUGUAUUAACUUUUAUUCGUAAAAAGAAUUCAGUUGAUUAUAUGAACAGGAAAUCUCAUUUAAUUUUCCUUCAUAGAAUAUUUGUUGAUUUGAAUCAAACAUUGUGAAUAGUGAAGCUAGUAUAAAAGUUAUGAAUGCAUGAAAAUUUUACAAUGCUAAUAAAGCAAAUCAAUAAUACCAGUAUUGAGGUGGUACUCAGUAGUGUUUCUCAGUUCAAUUUGAAAGAUACCAAGUUUUUGACUAAAAUUGAUAAUUAUGCACAUAUAGUAGUCAAAUUAUUUGCUAUAAAUACAAUAUUUCAUUUCCCAUGUAUUAUGAAACCUCUCUUAAAUCUUAUUUCACCCUUCUUAAGAUUUCAGGCAUCAUAAAAGGUCCCCUAAGCAAUCUAAGCAAAAUGAGCAUGUGCGAUUUAAAAGAAUGACAUGUUCAUUAAAAGGUUUUCUUAUUGCUGGAUAUGGUGGUGCAUGCCUGAGGGCAGAGGCAGGCAGAUCUCUGUGAGUUCGAGGCUAGCCUGACCAGCUUGGGGCUCUGCAGAGAGA